UGUAGCGAAUUGCAUGGCAGUACAACGGUUACACACUUUUUCUAUGCAUAGGCAGUGCAACAUCUGCUGAUAUUUGAAUAUUCUAAGUAUGAAAUGUACGCGAGAAGAUCUCGGUAGACAGCUGUGAGAUCAGUCUAUGAAUUUGCCGGGUCAACUUAAUGUAUGAAAAUAGGAGGAGGAAGCUGCAUCACAUUUUGUUUCCUUCUGCUGAGCUGUGGCCUGCAAGUCUACAACUUUUCUAUUUGUGUUGAUGUUAAAGAAGCCACAUUAUAACGCUGUCAGUGAAGGAAAUUGAAAAGUGGUGGUGAGAGGAAAAUUGUUGUGAGGAUCGAAAAUGUACGGGAGAGAUCAAUGGGGAGGGGCGUUCGAGAUCAAUGCGGAGUCUGCAACAGAAGACAAUCGGAGCAGAACAGAAGUGGACAGCGGGGCGUUGUCGAGGCAACUGGAUGAGACGCAGCAGAGCUGGCUUUUGGGGCCGGGCGAGCAGAAGAAGAAGAAAUAUGUGGAUCUUGGGUGUGUGGUGGUGAGCUACAAGAUCGUGAAAUGGUUCCUCUGGAUCUUUGCCACGGCCGCCAUUGUUUCUGCUCUUGCUGUCACCAUCGCCAAGACGCUGCCCAAACACCACCAAGCGGAACCUCCUCCUGACAAUUACACGAUCGCUCUUCACAAAGCACUUCAAUUCUUCAACGCCCAAAAAUCAGGAAUUUUGCCCAAGAAAAAUGGUGUGUCAUGGAGAAGAAACUCUGGCCUACAAGACGGGACUUCGGAUCCAAAUGUCCGCUUGGACCUGAAGGAUCUGGUGGGCGGGUACUAUGAUGCAGGAGACCAAAUCAAGUUUGGUUUCCCUGGAGCAUUUACCAUAACCAUGCUGAGCUGGAGUGUGAUUGAGUACCGACAGAAGUACGACGAUAUUGGAGAGCUCCGCCACAUCAGAGAAUUAAUCAAAUGGGGAACAGACUACAUGUUUAAGACCUUCAAUGCCUCUGCUGCCGAAAAAAUAGAUUUCAUUUAUUCACAGGUGGGGCAUGCAGUCAAUGGAUCAAAAACUCCAGAUGAUCAUUAUUGUUGGAUGAGGCCUGAAGACAUGGACUACCCACGCCCUGUAAUUCAAACCACCAAAGGCAACGACUUGGCAGCUGAGAUGGCUGCUGCACUGGCUGCAGCAUCUAUUGUAUUCAAUGAUGAUAGGGCCUACUCAAAGAAGCUGGUGAGAGGUGCAGAGCUUCUCUAUAAAUUCGCGAGGGAUGCUGGCCAGAGGAGCAGAUACAGCUCUGGAAACCUUGAAAUUGCACAAUUUUACAAUUCAUCUGGGUACUGGGAUGAGUUUAUCUGGGGUGCUGCAUGGAUGUAUUUUGCCACAGGGAAUUCCUCUUACCUUCGUCUGGCUACUAAUAAGGAAAUCGCCAAACAUGCUGGAGCAUUUUCAGGUGGGCCAUAUUAUGGCGUGUUCAGUUGGGAUAACAAGCUACCAGGUGCCCAGGUUUUGCUGACGAGGUUGAGGAUUUUCCUAAGUCCAGGCUACCCGUUUGAGGACUUGUUGGCAAGCUAUCACAACCAGACCAACAUUGUAAUGUGCUCUUACUUGCCCCUGUUCAAUGUGUUCAACAGAACAAAAGGUGGUUUGAUUCAAUUAAACCAUGGAAAUCCUCAGCCCCUUCAGUAUGUUGUGAAUGCUGCUUUUCUAGCAUCUGUAUACAGUGAUUAUCUUAAUACUGCGGAUAUCCCUGGCUUUUAUUGUGGUCCAAACUACUUUUCUAGGGAAAUACUACGUAAUUUUGCAAGAUAUCAGAUGGACUACAUUUUAGGCAAAAAUCCUCAGAAAAUGAGUUAUGUUGUGGGAUAUGGGAACCAUUACCCAAAGCAUGUGCAUCACCGUGCAGCAUCUAUUCCUACAAAUAAUGUGAAGUAUUCCUGCACAGGAGGGUACAAAUGGCGAGACAGCUCAAAGCCCAAUCCACAUGUGAUCACAGGAGCUAUGGUUGGAGGGCCUGAUAAACAUGAUCGUUUCCAUGACAUCCGUCGUAACUACAACCAGACUGAACCCACAAUUGCGGGCAAUGCUGGCUUGGUUGCAGCCUUGGUUGCUUUAUCAGGAGGUGAUGACAUCAGAGUUGAUAAGAACACCCUCUUUUCUGCAGUUCCACCCAUGUUUCCUUUAUCUCCCCCACCCCCUUCACCAUGGAAACCUUAAGUUUCCUCUUCUUCUUGCUUCAACAAAUAUGAAAAAUCCUAGCUGAUUGGGGGAAUCAGCACGUUCCUUUCUGUAAAUUUUAUCGGAGAUGGAUUAGUUAUUUGCAAGCGUGUGCACUGCUAAGUCCAGAAUUAUGCUUGAUGAGAAAGGGACCACAUAUUUUUCAUGUACCUCAUUUUCCAUGCCUAAGUCCAGAAUUAUGCUUGAUAGGAAAGGGAUCACAGAUGUUUAUCCGUACACACUAAAAAUAGCUAAUAUUCUAGUAACUAUUCUAUUCUGUCAUUCUUUUUAAGGUGGCUAGAGAUUAAUGGCACACGUGUGAAGUUUGAACGUAAAUUGCACUGUACAAUUGUUUCUAAUUAAAUACUAUAGUAAUGGCUUGUUAAGCCUUGCAAUAAGCGUGCCAUUGUUGGAAUAAGAUGAUAGUCCUAUUGAGCUUCA